AUGUCUGCCCUCAAGCUUGACCAGCCCUUAUACAAGUUCUUUGAGUCGGGGCUUCAUUCUCAACGGCCGAUAAUUGUCGAUUCGGACGCCCUAGAGUCACCUGAUACAGUGACCCUUCGCUACGAGGAGGAGGCAGCUGUGCGGGCCAACGGCGGAGGAGGGGACCUGCGAGGCGGCUCGUCCCCUGAUCUCCUGCCAAUGGCGGCAUACAAGCCUCAUCCACCCCAGAUGCAUGGGUUUUCCGAAUCUUCAUACAACCAGUACAGCCCGCAAAACCUACCACAAGCACAUCUGCAUCAGCAAAACGAAAAUGCCGCCGCACAGAUGAACCACAUGGCCUACGCAGCCAAUAAUGCUGCAGUCGCGUCGAACAACCGCAUAUCGUACAACUUUGCGCUGGCGCCGUCCGGAUUCUCAGCGCAAGGGUCGCAGCCAGAUGCAGGUCCCGGCGGCACCAAGAUACACUUGCGCAUCUCUGGACAAUAUGACAUCUUGUCCGUGACGUCGACGACGCCGUAUGUGUGGGUACUCUUCGGGAAUGCUGCGCAAAAGAGUCCAGCACAAAUGAUGAAAGAGUCGCAAGACGCUACCGGCGCAUGCACGUACAGUAUCACGGUUGAUGCACCUCCGUUUGUGGUCACAAAUUGGCAAGCGUCUUCAACUGUGCCCCUGACUGUUGUCAUUGAAAGCACAGAUGGGCAUGAGCUUGCACGCGUCGGCUCCGCGGGGUCAUUUACAUAUACGGACGCAGCAGGUGCAGACCUUCCCCAAGGGGCCGCGAGUCCACCUGACGGGUCCAUCACGCGAAGAAGUACCACCCGCUCACCUCUGUCACAUGAGCAUGAGACAUCAGUCCUCCAUGUCAACAGUCCUCCUGGCCUUACCGUACGCACGAGUGCCACCACCAGCCCUACGACUGAACACCUUCCCGGCGCGCAUCAACUGCCGCAACACGAUGUCGCAGAUCCGUGUACAAAUAACUACGGCUACCCAUCCGCUGCCGUCGCGCCGUCUCAGUCCCAAGUUCAGGUACCACAAGCGCAGCCGACGACUAGCUUUGGAGCGACAGCCUACGGCCAAAGCAACGACACAAUGCUGCACGCUUACCGGACCUCGAAUUACUCACACAACCAACAUCACUACCAACGGAGCCCGACCUCACUCCGCUCCCCACAUCAUGGUCUUGGAGGAUGGGCCACGUAUGGUGGCUUGGACGGUCGCACAUCAACAUACUCGUCCGCGCACCACACCACAAUUACCAGGCCCAGUUUGCAUCCUUCGCUGCCCAUGCCAAGUGGCGGUCCUCCUACCCUAGUCCGCACGACAAGCAUACCACAAGGGACCUCUUCGAUGGGACUUGGCGGCAGUUACAGCCCCUUCGUCUCGCACCACAAAGCCAUUCUACACAUCCAGGGAAACCUGGAAUCCAUGACAGUCGGCUGGACUCCAGAGGAGUGGGAGAACCGAAGACGAAUUGUUAUGUUCAAGAAGUCACAAUCCGGCAGCCGCCUCACAGCCACCUUUCGAGCGGUCCCUGUCAAUGAACGACCGCCGAAUAGUAUAUGCGUCAGCUGCAUAUGGUGGGAAGAGAGGCACGAAUGCUUUGUCACGUCGGUCGACACUAUUCACCUCCUGGAGCAACUGGUCGUUUCACCGAACCGGUUCACGGUCGAAGAGAAGAAUCGCAUCCGGCGGAAUCUGGAAGGUUUCAAACCGUUGACCGUGAGCAAAGCAAAGGCAGACUCGGAAGAUUUCUUCAAGAUCAUCAUGGGAUUUGGGAAUCCCAAGCCUAGGAACAUUGAGAAAGAUGUGAAGGUGUUUCCUUGGAAGGUCCUGGCUCCAGCCCUGAAGAAAAUCAUCGGGAAAUACAGCGCGUCACCAUCCUCGACGUGUUGGAAGCAACAACUAUGGUCUACCUCCUACACCGACGACAGCGACGGACCCAACAGGAGUAUCGGGCUACAUUGGCAGUGCUGGCCUGAGCAGCCACUCAGCCCUUACCGACAGCAUCCCAUCGCCACGGUCCUUGACCGGUGGGAUACCAUCCUCAUGGGCAUCGUACAACGGAUCGGGGCGGGAUGUGAGCCGGAGCUACUCCCCAACAGGGUUGUUGAAGACGUCAUCGCCAGUGCCGAGCUCGAGCCUACGACUGAAUGCGCUUCCGACAGCCUACGACACAAGGAGCCCGCAGACGGGACUGUCACACUCGAAUCACUACAGCCUGCCGUCGCAAGGUAG